GACCCAAUUCACCUCUCUUGUAGUUGAUUGUUUAGAUGCCAAGUGGGAACGUUCGGGGCGUAAUGCAACGUGUCCAAGACAGCAGCCGUUUUCUGGGGCGGGUGAAGCCGAACGCCUACAGGCGGGCACGGCGAGGCGCUCACCUCGGCACCGACAGCCCACGUGUUAAGGGCACCAUUCAGGCCUACACGUCCACCCUCCCAGAAGAGCAGCGGCAGCUGGGCCGAGCAGCUCUCUUUAAUCCCGUGAAGGUGUGCCCCUCGUGCGGGAGCGAACCUGCCCCUCCGCUGCCGGGGCUUCCGCCUGAACCGCCGCCGUGCGCUUACUUUGCGGAGGCAGCUUCCGACCCAGUCCCGUGCCCCGUCUGCUGCGAGUGUUGCGUGCGCCGACCGCAUCUCAUUCGCCGUCUCGUACGCGACCACGGGAUCUCUGCCCCGGCGGAGCUGAGCUGGCAGCUUGCUCGGGCGCUCCACGCGUCGCCGCCUGGCUUAUUCCACCGCUGUCCUCUGUGCACCUUCCUUACUGCGAGCACACUGACGUUCUCCCAGCAACGCAUGCUCGGUCACGGCCCGCUGCGGCUCGACACUCCCCCGCCCGUGAGGCGAGUUUGCGUAGUCGUGGAGCCCGAGUGCCCCACCUGCCACCGCCGGACCGCUGCCACGCACGCGCAACGCCACCGUCGAACGACGCACGCGGGUGGCCGCACCGCCGCUGCAGCCGUCGCCCCUCCCGCAGCCGUCAAGACGGGCACGCCGCCGCACACUCGUCGCACAACGGGUCCCCGUGUCCAAGUGUGUGCAGCCUGCCACUACGCUCUCUUUACUAUUCCCGGCAUCCUCUGCCACGCCUGCACGCACCAUGCCGUUGUCGCGAGACUAGCUGUCCCCGUCGCGGGUGGUCGGCCGCAGUCUGUUCUCGCCCGUCCGAUGGGUCACCGCUGCCCCCUAUGCCCCGCUGCCUUUAUCGAGCCUGAAGGACUGAAGUGUCGCCAAGCAGCUGAGCGUGGCAUUGGUCAUCCUUCUGACUUUGAGAUAUGGAGCCGGCUGCGGUGCGAGGAGACUCCGAGACACCCGUUGGUGUGCGGCACUACGCACGAAUUGCGCUCUCCGCCCUGGGUCCGUCGUUGGAGCUGGCCCUGGCGUUGUAUUGGCCCGGUUUCUGGUCGCGAUGAUCCAGUGCCGUUCCCGCCAGAGCUCGCGUGUUGCACGUGA